GCCAUUGUAGAGCAAAAUUCCGAGUCUGCCGCAGUUUGGAGAGACACUUAACGUACAGAAGAGAAUUAAAGUAAUAUUCAGUCAGUGAUGUGAAGAAUCAAUAAUUGAAAAAAAAGAUAUACCGCUAAUAAAAAAAAUGGGCAGGACAAAAAUCUAACACGUGGAUGCCAGCAAAACGUCAUUGAAACGAUAAGCUUAAGUGAAAAAAAAAUCAAGCCUUCUGCCUUAUUUAAAGGUGUUAUCGUAGGUAUAUAUAUUGACUAUCGCGAGCGAAUCUUUAUUGAAUUUAUACAAUGUGGGAGUAAUUUUCUGUCUAUAUAUAUGUAUUUGUUCUAUGAAAGUAACACCAAUGUAUGUUGAAAAAGGACUGAAAACAAAUUAAUCUUUAUUUUAUUUUAAAACAAACGUGGAAAAAAACCGUGUGGUCCGAAGGCUCAUUACAACUGAAGAUAGGAUAUUUUGGAAACGAAAAAUUGGCUUCGUAAAGAUUUGUGAUGCGUGUAUUUAGAUUCAUAUUUACAACAUAUUUUGUUCUGGUGUUUCUGUCUUCGACUUGUGCAAAGAACAGAGCCAGAUUUAAAAGCAAGAAAAAUACAUGGCGCCUGAGACUUCUGCGAAAACUCUCAAAACUGUAUCCAGAUGUGGAACUUCUUAGUUUAAAAAACAAACAUAAUACAUAUUUACCCAAUAACUACAAUGGAAGUAUUAAUGGGAGAGCUUCAUCUGGAAAACAUGUACCAGUGAUACAAUGUGGAGACAGCUCGUUCGCAGACUUGAUCGCCUGCCCCUCUCCUAGUGCUAGAGGGGAAUUUUUCUGUAUCAGUGAGGAAUACCUCUGUGAUAAAAGAAUGGACUGUCCUAAUGGCGAGGACGAAGAUUUGGUCUCUUGCAUGUUUCAUCAAUGGGCAAACACCUUCUUCAAAGCCAUAUCAGAGUCACUAACCAAAAUGAAAAGCAGUGUAAUGAAUUUGAGACGGUCUCUCGAAGAUAUGAAAAUAAACAAUAGUGGACUAUACCGGUCAGGUUAAGGAGUUCAUAGGACUUGAAAAAUCUAUACAUACGUACCAUGUCGGAUUAAAGUUAGAGAAAGAAAGAGAGAAUCCGUAAGAGAAGACGCAAUCCCGAAAAUAAGCGUGGCAUAUGAGUAAUUUAUAAUGUCUGCCUCAUGGUGCUUCAAUCACGGCAUUUGCUGCUGGUGUUAUUUUUUAUCUAGGUCAAUGUCUCCAAAAGUACAUUUCACUGCAGGGAAUGUAUGAUUGUCACACAUUUGCACAUGUACACACAUAUGUAUACGUAUGUGUCAUAAUGAUGUUUUAAGCUCGUAUGUUGGAACUUACUAGCUUUUUCCGUGAUGGAGGAAAUGUUUACUUUGAUAUUUUUUUCGUUGACGAAUUUGUUUAAUUAUUAUUACGUAUUUUUAAUCGAAAUAAAACGAUGCAA